CGAUCGGCGGGCAAACGCUUUAUUACAUGCUUCGAAAUGUAAUUUCCCACGGACACUGUUAAGUUUUUUUAGUUGCAUGCCACAGCUGGUGACCAGGGAGCAACAAAGGGCAUAUGCUUGCGUGAACUAAGUGGGAUGACCACACGAGGGAUUGUCCAACGAGAGUAAAUGAGAGGUGUGCUCUUAUACUGGCCGUCUGGAUGACAAAGUAGUCUUCAUUCAUUGGACAUUGCAGAGAAGUUCCUGUUAACACACCAACAGACAUUCCCUUUCAUGAUACGCUUGCAACCUACAGAAUUACAACACACAAUUACCAAGUACCAGCAUGGCCGAGCAGCAGGAGGAGGCAGAAGGUGUGUACCUGGAGCACCAGUAUAUGUGCAGCGAGUGCCAUCAGCUCUUCAACACCCUGGAGGAAGUACUGAUCCACCAGCAGAUCCACAACGGCCAAGAAGGAGAAGGGGAGGUAGGGGAGGCCAUGACCAUCCAGGGUGUCCCAGAGAUGGGGCAGACCCAGCAGUACCAGUGCCUGGAGUGUGGCACCCUCCUCGUGAACCCGGAGGAACUGCUGCAGCACCAGGAAAUGCACAUGAGAGAGGCUGGGAUGGAGAUGGAGCAGCAAGAGCUGUGUGAGGUUCUGGAGACAGAGGAAGCAGGGUCAGAGGCUCAGGUGUCGGGACCUGUCCAGUACCAGUGCCUUGACUGUCUUGCUUUGUUUGACUCACCUGAGACCUGGCUUGAGCAUCGGCGGACCCACAGCAGGAGCAGCACACACAGUAACACAGAGACCAUUGAGUAUGUGCUACAGCCCGAUGGCACCGUCACUCCACUGAGCAGUAUGCAGAACUACGUGCUGAGUGAGCAGCAGGCUGGAGAGAUCUUGGCACAGGUACUUGCCCAGCAGCAGCGGCAGCAACAACAAAAGAAACGUCAGCCUGUCUCCAAACUUGCUGCACCCUCCCGUUCCUCCCUGCUGCCUCCAGUGACACCAGCCCCCGGCUCUGCCACCAUGCACCUGCAGAUUCUCACAGCUCAAGCUCUGGCAGACAACUCCAGCAUUCCCAGUCAGCGCCGCUCCAAGCUGCCCCCCUUGUUGCCUGCUGUGGGCCGAGGCUCUUUGGCAAAGCUGGGGGUCUUGGAGAACGGUGUCCAGAGACUGGAGUUAAGAUUGGCCCCAAGGGACCAGGAUGACACCCAGCAGCAGCAGCAACCAACAGAGGUGGUGGUCAUCCACCCUUAUGAGUGCUCAGAAUGCUCCCUCCUCUUCCACACCCCAGAGGACUUCCUCCAGCACCAGGGAGAACACUUCCUGGGUCAGGACAAAGAGAGUGGAGAACCCGGCGUCAUGAGUGGCCUCGAGGAGGUGCGGGGGAGGGAGGAGACUACAGAGAAGGUGGAGGACAUUAGGAUUAGAGUUGCAGAGAAGAAAGCAGCAGUCUGGUCCCAGUCCCAACAGUGUGAGCUCUGCAACCGCACCUUCACCUCUGUCAACCGGCUGGCUGCUCACAAACGAGUGCACGAGCAGGGCACACAUGAAUGUCCAGAGUGUGGCAAGGUGUUCAAGAAGACGACAUCACUGCAGACACACAUGCGCACACACUCAGGCGUGGCCAGGUACCUGUGUGUGGACUGUGGCAAUGGCUUUACUACUGAGAUGACUCUUAUCAUGCACAGAAAGUCCCACACUGCAGACCCCCUUCACAAGUGUCAGUUCUGCAACAAAACCUUCACCAACAUGACCAAGUACCUCUACCACCGCAGAACCCACCUCAACCGCGAUUCAUCUGACGCACCCGUCCCUGUGUCCAUGGUCUCAGCUCCAAGAAGAGCAUCUCUCUCCACUCUUGCCAUCCUACAGAGAGCAAGAGACAAGAAGAAUUCCCACACUGAUGAUGUGAAAAGCAAGCUGCUGGCCCCUCUCACAGAGGAGGAGAUGGAAAAAAUGGGAGAAGAUCCAAUACAAAGCUCUCAAGCAAACAACAAAGUAGAAGGAGGGGAAGUGAAGACGCAGGGGGAGGACAGCAACAUGGAGGUGUCUGCCCCACUUGAAGGCAACACCAGUGACCUGCAGCAGGUGGAAAAUGCCACCAAGCCUGGCUUAGCUACGAACCCUGUUCCCCUGGAUGACACUGGUGUCGAAGUCGCGUCUGGCCCCGCUGAUUCAGCAGAGGCUGCUUCAGCUGCAUCAUCAGACAAAGGGUCUUUUUCUUGUCGUACGUGCUCUAAGACCUUUCCCUCCCAGCUGCAGCUAGUUCACCAUCGACGCAAGUCACAUGUCACUGAGCGCAGAUUUGUUUGUGGCCACUGUGGCAAGUCCUUCAAGAAACAUAUCCACGUGCGCAACCACAUCCGCACUCAUACUGGUGAGCGGCCCUUCCAGUGCUCUGACUGUGGCAAAACAUUCUCAUCUCUAGCCAACAUGAUGAGGCACAAUCUCAUCCACUCUGGUGUGCGACCAUACCGCUGUGAUGUCUGCCACCGCUCCUUCUCACAGUCCUCCAACCUCCGUCAGCACAGCCUGAUGCACUCUAAUGCUGCAGCACUGUGCUGCCCGGACUGCCCCGCCACCUUUCGCUGGCCCACCAAGCUGGCAGCACAUCGCUACACCCAACACCCAGGGGCUCCGGCCCCUUUCCCCUGUCCUCACUGUGAGGCUGGCUUCCUGACCAAGAGGCAACGAGACAGGCACUGUCUGGAGCAGCACCCCACCCUGGUGCAAGCUGGUCCAGGGAUAGAAAUCAGCAAAGAGUCUGACAACCAAGCAGAGAUGGGCAAAGAUCUGACCUCAGAGCCCUCCACCUCAACCGCAGUAGAGACAGAAACAGAGGAUUCAACCAGUCUUGUGCGAGGGGGUCUAGAUUGCAGCAUUUGUGGGAAGAAGCUCAAUUCUCCUGCCAAUCUGCGACUUCACAGACUAAGCCAUGUCGCCUUAGGCCCUGGGCGGCCACGGUGCACGUCGGGGAAGCGGCCCAAAGCCCACCAGUGUCCUGUUUGUGGCAAACUGUUUGUGUCUUCCUCCGGAGUGGCACUCCACCAGAGAGUCCACACUGGUGAGCGACCCUUUCCUUGCCAAGUGUGUGGCAAGCGCUUCCGACAGAACACACACCUGCGAGAGCACCUGCGCACACACUCGGGUGAACGGCCAUUUCGCUGUGAAGUGUGUGGAAAGGGUUUCAUUCAGAGUAUGCACCUGGCUGAACACCGUCGAACACAUACGGGCGAACGGCCGCACGUGUGUCCACAGUGUGGCAAAGCCUUCAAGACCUUCUCCAACCUGAGGAACCACAAAAAGACUCACGCCAGGCAGCAAAGGCUGGACGAAGAGGCUGCUGUCCAGGCUGCCAUGGAGACCGGCUCUGCUGUGGCAGUCGUGGAUGCUUCGGCGGUGGAACUAGCUAAUGGGCAGCCUCAGCUCAUCCAGAUUGAAGCCUCAGAUCUUCAGCAGGCACAGGGCACUCCUACAAUCAUGUGUAAUGAAUUUGGGGAGACCAUAGCCAUCAUUGCGACUAGUGAGGGAGAAGCACUUCCUCUGGAACAGGCCUUGGAGAUCUAUCACACAGCUUUGGAGAGCAACCUAGCUGUGGAUGGACUGCAGCUCCUCUGAGGACUACUUUAAGUUGACAAAAAAUAGAAUUUACUCUGCUUUCACCAAAUUGAUGAAUUCAGUGCUAAUCUUUAUUUAAUCAUUCAAAUGAAAUGGAUGUUUUCUUCUGUUUCCAAGGAUUGUUUGUGCCGUUUAAGUAUUCUGUUGUAAAUAGGUGAAAUCAAUAAAUGUUUUUUUUUAAGA